UUUCACAUCCACCUUCCAAACGGAGGAACCAGAGAAGGCGGACGGCAAAAUAAACUGUACUGAAACAAAUUCCGUUAUCUAUUCCGUCACUUUCUCCUCUCGCCCCCUCCCUUAAAGUUUCCGCCUCCAUUUCUUCCUCAGCUCCGCGCUUCAAAUUCCGCUCUCUACCUCUCUUCAUCGGUUGAGAUGAAGUGUUGAGUUUCAGAAUCUAAGUGUAGAACUUGUUGAUGAAUAUUUGUGCUCUCUCACAUAGGACUAAUGGAUAUUGCUUGUAGUCUAUCUCGGUCAAAUGCCUUUCAUGGAGGUGAAGUUACUGGUUGCAAGGCACUGGAAAGAUUGAACUCGGUGACGAGUUUGAAACAUAGACAUUUACACUGCAAACUUUUUGGAGAUUUAAGAACUUUUUCAAAUGCAAAAUCACCAGAUAAAUUCAAGAAAAACAUUUCAUAUAGCUUGCGUUCUGCCCGUCUGAGAAGUCGCAAUGAAGGCAAUUUCCGGCCGUGGUGUUACAGCUCUAAUGGUUCCUCCUUUUAUGACUCUGGCAAUAAUCUCAAAAUUUCGAAGCAGGUAGGUCUUCCACGGUGUCAGGGAAAUGAGUCAGUAGCUUAUAUAAGUGGAAAUGGCAGAGAUGUGGAAGCCAUCGAGACUGGUGGCAAGGAGGUUAACCUUGAAUCUAAUUCAUCGGAGGAAAGAUCAGGGGAGGAAGGAGGAGAUGAGGUUCCUAGUUUAGAGGAGUUGAGGGAGUCGCUGCAGAAGGCAUUGAAAGAUUUGGAAGUUGCAAGGCUAAACAGUACAAUGUUUGAGGAAAAGGCUCAGAAGAUAUCAGAAGCUGCUAUAGCAUUAAAAGAUGAUGCUACUAAUGCUUGGGACAAUGUAAAUAAUGCUCUUGGUGAUAUCCAAGAGAUUGUAAAUGAAGAGGCUAUUGCCAUAGAAGGUGUUCAGAAAGCAACAAUGGCCCUUUCUUUGGCUGAGGCAAGACUCCAAGUGGCUCUUGAUUCACUGAAAGUUUCGAAAGAAAAGAAUGGGUCUCAGAAAGCUUGUGACGCAAGUGAUCUUGAGUAUGAAAGUGGCGGAGAAGAGUCAAGUGAAGAGGAAGCACUAUUGGCUGCUCAGCAGGAGAUAGAAGAAUGUCAAGAUUGUUUAGCAAAUUGUGAGGCUGAGCUCAGAAGGGUGCAAAGCAGAAAAGAAGAAUUGCAAAAGGAAUUGGAGAGGUUGAAUGUAGUUGCAGAGCAAGCACAAAUUAAUGCUUCUAAAGCAGAGGAAGAUGUGGCAAACAUAAUGCUUCUAGCAGAGAAAGCUGUAGCUUACGAACUUGAAGCUGCGCAGCGUGCUGAUGAUGCUGAGAUUGCAUUACAGAGGGCAGAAAAGAACCUUGCUGUUUUGAUCGAUAAUUUAGAUUCUGCAGUCGAGGGAACUGUUGCUGAAGAGGUGUCUCAAGGAAGUUCUGCAGAUGGUGUUGUUGAGGAACACCAGAAAUUGGCGGCUGAGGUUGCUGAGUUACCUGAACCUUUGUGGGAUACAAAUAUGGAGGAACCAAGUUUGUCGGAUGAGAGUGACAAGGAGAAUGGAAAGUUAACUGUGGAGUUAUUGAAGGAGACUGAAGUAGAUGCAGAGAAGUUAAAAACUUUUCAAAGUAAGAUACAGGAAAUGCAGAAGGAAUCAACAAGGGACAGUUCAUCUUUUACUUCUCCCAAAACAUUAGUGAAGAAAUCAUCUCGGUUCUUUUCUGCUUCUUUCUUCUCCUUCACUGCAGAUGGGGAAGAGUUCACACCAGCUUCAGUUUUUCAUGGUCUUCUGGAGUCUGCCAGAAAUCAAUUGCCGAAGCUGGUCUUGGGUUCGCUACUUGUAGGAGCAGGAGUUGCCUUUUAUGUCAAACGCCGUGAAAGGAUUGGUCAGCUAUUUCAACAGCCGGACAUCAUCACCACUAGUUUUGACGAAGUAUCAACUACGGCAAAACCUUUGGUCAGACAAAUAAGAAAACUUCCUGCUAAAAUGAAGAAACUAAUGGAGAUUCUUCCUCAUCAAGAGAUAACCGAGGAGGAAGCUUCCCUCUUUGAUAUGUUGUGGUUACUACUUGCAAGUGUCAUAUUUGUGCCUACUUUCCAAAAGAUUCCUGGAGGCAGUCCCGUUCUCGGAUAUUUGGCUGCUGGGAUCUUAAUUGGACCUUAUGGUCUCUCAAUUAUUCGCAAUGUACACGCAACUAAGGCAAUUGCUGAAUUUGGGGUUGUCUUCUUGCUAUUCAAUAUCGGCCUUGAGCUCUCUGUUGAACGACUAAGUUCCAUGAAGAAAUAUGUUUUUGGAUUGGGCUCUGCUCAGGUCUUGGUGACAGCUGUGGUUGUUGGCUUGCUUGCUCGCUAUGCUGCUGGGAUAGCUGGGCCUGCUGCAAUUGUCAUAGGGAACGGCCUUGCACUAUCUUCAACUGCUGUUGUCCUCCAGGUACUGCAGGAGCGUGGUGAGAGCACAUCACGUCACGGGCGAGCUACAUUUUCCGUAUUACUCUUCCAGGAUUUGGCGGUGGUGGUUUUGCUUAUACUAAUACCCCUUAUUUCACCUAGUUCGUCCAAAGGAGGGGUGGGUUUCCAGGCCAUUGCCGAAGCUCUUGGAUUGGCUGCUGUGAAGGCAGUUGUUGCUAUCUCAGCCAUAAUUGCAGGAGGACGCUUGCUGCUUCGCCCAAUUUAUAAGCAAAUUGCUGAGAAUCAAAAUGCAGAAAUAUUUUCUGCUAAUACUCUUCUCGUUAUCUUAGGGACUAGUCUUCUAACUGCCAGGGCUGGCCUUUCCAUGGCUUUAGGAGCAUUUUUGGCUGGCUUGCUUCUAGCGGAAACCGAAUUCUCAUUACAGGUUGAAUCUGAUAUUGCUCCAUACCGUGGCCUUCUGUUGGGUCUCUUCUUCAUGACGGUUGGAAUGUCCAUUGAUCCAAAACUUCUAGCUUCAAACUUCCCAGUUAUUACAGGAACAUUAGGGCUUCUAAUUGCUGGAAAAACGAUCUUGGUUGCUCUUGUUGGUAGACUUUUUGGUGUUUCCGUGGUUUCAGCUAUAAGAGUUGGUCUUCUACUUGCACCGGGUGGAGAAUUUGCUUUUGUAGCUUUUGGUGAAGCUGUUAACCAGGGUAUAAUGUCCUCGCAAUUGUCAUCGCUACUCUUUCUUGUGGUCGGAAUUUCGAUGGCUCUCACUCCAUGGCUAGCUGCUGGAGGACAACUGAUAGCAUCUCGGUUUGAGCUGCACGAUGUUCGAAGUCUAUUACCUGUUGAAAGUGAGACGGAUGAUUUGCAAGAUCAUAUAAUUAUAUGUGGUUUUGGACGUGUUGGCCAGAUCAUUGCCCAGCUUCUCUCUGAACGACUGAUACCAUUUGUUGCACUUGAUGUCAGGAGUGAUCGAGUUGCAAUUGGACGGGCACUUGACCUUCCUGUGUACUUUGGUGAUGCUGGUAGUCGAGAGGUCCUCCAUAAAGUUGGUGCUGAAAGAGCAUGUGCAGCAGCAAUAACUUUAGAUAGUCCUGGAGCUAAUUACAGAACAGUUUGGGCUUUGAGCAAGUAUUUUCCCAAUGUCAAAACAUUUGUUCGCGCUCAUGAUGUUGAUCAUGGCCUCAAUUUAGAGAAAGCUGGGGCAACAGCGGUUGUCCCUGAGACUUUGGAGCCCAGUUUGCAAUUAGCAGCUGCUGUCCUUGCACAAGCUAAAUUGCCCAUGUCAGAGAUAGCAGCUACAAUUAAUGAGUUCAGAUCCCGCCACCUCUCCGAGCUUACCGAGCUUUGUGAAACCAGUGGAAGCUCCCUUGGUUAUGGGUUUUCUCGAAUGAUGACUAAACCUAAGUCUCAGCCUUCGGACCCUUCAGAUGACAGCCAAUUGUCCGAGGGACCACUGGCAAUCUGACUCUUCACCCACCAUAGAAACAAAGAGUAGGAAGGAGGGGUUUUGUAAUUUUCCCCUUGAAAUGGGAGAAAAAGAUGAAGAUUGUAUAGCAUUUUUACCCCAUUGGUAAAAGAAUUGUACAGAAAUACAGCAGCUGCAGGACACUGAAAAGGGUCAUGGAAGAAUGACGAGUAUUGCAUUCUUUUGUUCAAUAAGUUUUUGUGGUAGAACCCUUUCCAUAUGUCUAACGGGGACUCUGUUUUACUUUUCUUUAAGAAUCAGGUAGUUGAGAUUUUGAAAAGCUGUUGCAUUUGCUGAAUUUAUUUUUGCGCACUUGCAUGUGCAGUAAUUCUCUCAACAACUGAAGAGAAAUCUUGUCAAUACUCGUCGCCAAACAUUAUAAACGAGAUAGUCAAAAGGUAAUAUAGUAUUCUGUCC